AUGUGCAGACUAGAGCCAUUUCUGAAGAGGUCCCUAGUGGUCCUCCUUUUCCUGGGCCUGGCAGAGGCCUGCAUUCCUCAUGAAGGGUUAAUGAGGAGACUGUCCCCGGAUGGUUUCAGACUAAACACCAUAUCCUCCAAGACACCUACCCUGGUAACCACUCCAGACAAGUCAGAAGAAGAAAGUAAGGUGCUUCAGCACAUAGAGGGUCUACUGAGCCUCCAAGUACUGAAUGAAGAAACAAGUGACUGCAAAAAAGAAGUGAAGCUUCUUCCAGCCACCACCACAGCCAGGGGGCUUGUGAGGAGCAGUGGAUGGAACUUUCUGAGGUGUGCCUACCUGGUGAUCACAUUCCUCUUCGUGUCCUACAAUAAAGGAGACUGGUGUUACUGCCACUAUUGUAACCCGGACCUAGAUUUGAGAGACGACCCCUGCUGUUCCUUCCAGUGAAGCCGCCAUGUUUCACUCAGCCCUCACAAGCCCUCGUCUCCGAACGUUGCACAUACUAAGGAA